AUGUCGAAGCACGCCACUUUGGUCUUCUCGCGCCACGGUGAGUCGGAGUGGAACGUGGCAAACAUCUUCACGGGCUGGGUGGAUGUGGACCUGUCCGAGAAGGGCCUGGGCGAAGCCAAGGGUGCGGGCGAGCUUCUGAAGGGCGAAGGCUUGCAGAUCGACGUGGCUUUCACUUCCUACCUGAAGCGCGCAAUCAAGACCUGCAACUUGGCACUGGAAGGAGCUGAUCAGCUGUACGUUCCCAUCAACAAGUCCUGGCGCCUGAACGAGCGCAUGUAUGGCGGCUUGACAGGCCUGGACAAGAAGGAGACCGUGGUGAAGCAUGGUGCAGAGCAGGUGCAGAUCUGGCGACGCAGCUUCGACAUCCCGCCGCCUGCCUUGGAGAAGGAGAGCAAGUACCAUCCGUGCCAUGAGGCCAAGUACGCUGCCCUUGAUCCCAAGGACCUGCCGGAUACCGAGUGCUUGAAGGACACCAUUGCGCGCGUGAUGCCCUACUGGGAGUCCGCCAUUGCACCAGAGCUCAAGGCUGGCAAGACCGUUUUCGUGACCGUUUUCGUGGCCGCCCACGGCAACUCCAUCCGGGCCAUCGUGAAGAUGAUCGAGGGCAUCUCCGACGACGUCAUUCCCGGCCUCGAGAUCCCGACCGGCACGCCUCUCGUGUACGAGCUGGACGCGGACCUCAAGCCCAUCGCCAGCCCGCUAGCCGUGGAGCCCCUCAAGUUCGGGCGCUACCUGGGUGAUGCCGAGAAGAUCAAGGCCGCCGCCGAGGCAGUGAAGAACCAGACCAAGGUCGGCUGA